CGAUACCUUCCUCUUUUUGCUUGGUUUCUCACUGCAAUAUAGAUUUUGGCAGUGAAAGCGUUGAACGGUGCUAUAUCUAGCAUGAGAGUAUCGCUAUACACCACUAACAUACCCCACUCGUUCACACCUAUCCCUCAAAUAUGACCACAGUUUUCAACGAUUCUAGUUGGUGGCCAAUAAUCAACUCAAAUAUCUUUUCUAGCUAUUGGAUGGUUGCUGCCGGUGUCGUGAUGGUAUACGAUUGGGUACUAACACUAGGACGAGAGAUUGAACUGAUCUGGAUGCAACGUUGGUCUCUCAUGACUGUGCUGUAUUUGGCUAUACGCUAUUUUGGAACAUUAUAUUUUGUUGCCAAUAUUUUCACAUUUGCGCCAUUCAUCUCGCUGACAGAUGUAGUGAGCUAUAUUACCUACUGCAUACAGAAUGGGAUGGCUGUGGUCCUAUACACUAUGUUGGGCGUUAUCAUGAUUACUCGCUUGCAUGUCAUGUAUCAGGGAUCUAGAAUGAUGCUCAUCUUCCUUGUCAUUAUCUUUCUGACUGUUACCAUUACCUGCGGAGUCCUCGUGGCAAUAGCACUCGAGCAUAUUGUAGGGGAGGAGCUGAUACUCUCUGGCACGUACAUGUGCGAUUAUGAAUAUGAAGGGGACGUCCAGCUUCUGUUUUUAACGUAUUGGAUACUCUACAUUGUUUGGGAGGUUCUCGCACUCUGUCUUUCAGUCUGGAUUGCUGUGAAAUACUUCCGUGACCUGCGGCGACUCGGCCCAUCGACAGGAUCGACCGCCGAGGACUGUUUCAGAGUGCUGAUAAAAGCUCACAUGCUUUAUUUUGCAAGCUUUGUUGGUGUCUCUUUGUUUCAGCUUGCUAGUCUCUCUCAAUCACACCUGAUAUCGAUACUCAAUGGUGCUGUUCAAAUUUUAUCGGUCGUGCAGGUGUUUGUGUUGGGACUACGGCUCAUCCUUAGCAUUCGAGAACAUCACGCCAAACUAGUGGCUGGCUUCGACACAGAAAAUAGCAUAAAUUCAAUUGCCUUCCAGGAGCGUAUACAGAUAUCAACUAGCAGUACUGUGUAGGGACUUGCCGAGUGGCCUGGAGGGAGGAGAAAUUUGGUUGAGGAUGCGUCGUGGUAUUUAUUUAAGACAAGCGGCGACCUUCGGUCGUUACUUUUUACGUGCACACUCAUGUCAUUCCACUACAAAAGCAGACAUUUGUACACUAUAUUUGAACUCUCUUUCUCC